AUGGGGCCCCCUGGGCCUCCCGGCAAGAGUGGCAUUGGACAUCCCGGACCAAAGGGCCCAGUCGGGCCCCCCGGACCUGCUGGCUACUCCGCAGCUGGCAAGCCUGGCAACCCAGGUGCUCCUGGGAAACCAGGUAGUAAUGGCAUGCCCGGUGAGAAGGGCCAUACUGGCGCAACUGGCGCCAUGGGUCCAAGAGGAUCUCCCGGUUCCGCUGGAAGCCCAGGACCUGCUGGAUACUCUUCUGCAGGCAAACCUGGCCCACACGGUCUGCCCGGCAGCAUGGGGCCAAGGGGUGAGUCCGGACUUAAAGGACAUCCAGGUAUCCCUGGUCUGCCAGGUCAAAAGGGAGAGAAGGGAGUUGGUAUUCAUGGGGCACCAGGUGCAGUGGGUGCAGUGGGACCAAUGGGACCAUCUGGUAUGCCCGGUCAACCCGGAGUUGGUAAGUCUGGUGCCCCUGGAUACCCCGGGGAGCCUGGGAAGUCAGGUACUCCAGGUAGGGAUGGAGCUCCAGGAGCCAUGGGUCUGCCAGGGCCAAAGGGCCACAAUGGAAACCCUGGGGUAG